AGAGAGCGCGAAUUGUAGUUUCUUUUUAUUUAUAUAAAUAGUCGUCACAAAAAACGACUGAACACUUUGCUUCUGCAUACUCCUCCCCUAUUCAGCUUCGCACCCGAGCCUCAUAUUAAAAGACCAUGAAGUAUCUCCUUAUCUUGUUACUCUGUGCGGUUGGCGCCCUUGGUGCCAGAGUUCCAUCACAUGACCUGGAUGAAGUGUGGAGUGAAUGGAAGUCGAAGAAUGGCAAGAUGUACGGAGGCGUAGAAGAGGAAAACAACAGGCGAAAGAUCUGGGAGGACAAUCUUAGGAUCAUCGAGAAGCAUAACAUUUUGCACAGCUUGGGAGAAAAGACCUACCGUCUUGGCAUGAACGAGUUUGGCGACAUGACAAAUGCAGAAUUUGUAGCGACGAGGACUAUGAAGAGGAUAUCAAACAGGCCAUCUGUUCAUGGAUCUACCUUUCUCCCCUCAAAGUUCCUAAAGCUUCCGAAGUCUGUAGAUUGGAGAACAAAGGGCUACGUCACGCCAAUUAAGGAUCAGGGUGCUUGUGGAUCCUGUUGGGCCUUCAGUACCGUGGGUGCCUUGGAAGGCCAACAUUUCGUUCAGACUGGUAAACUGGUGAGCUUGAGCGAACAGAACCUGGUGGAUUGCUCUGGUGCUGAAGGUAACGACGGUUGUGAGGGUGGUUGGCCAGCCUGGGCAGAUGCAUACAUCAAGAGUAAUGGAGGAAUCGACACAGAAGCUGGGUAUCCUUACGUAGGACAGGAUGAAACUUGCCACUUCGGGACUUCGGACAUUGGUGCCACCAUUACUGGUUUCUCUGAAAUCGAGGCUGGAAGUGAGGAAUCACUAGAGAAGGCUAUUGCCCAGGUUGGUCCAAUCUCUGUAUGUAUUGAUGCCAGCCAGCCAUCCUUCCAGCUUUAUGAGUCGGGUGUGUACAACGAGCCUGACUGCUCCUCAACCUUAUUGGACCACUGUGUCACAGCUGUAGGAUAUGAUGUCACAGAGAACAACCAAGAUUACUACAUCGUGAAAAACAGCUGGGGAACGACAUGGGGUCAAGAAGGAUACAUCUGGAUGUCACGUAAUCAAGAUAACCAGUGCGGUAUUGCUACAAACGCCACCUACCCUUUGGUUUAAACAUUAAGUGCCUACAGAAAUAAAUAUGCAAAUCUACCGUGUGUUUGGGGCCGGAGGAGGGGGGGGGGGAGGGAUGUGAGAAAUAAAUACUGAAAAAAUGCGUGAUAUUCACACUAUGUGAUCAUUUUCUUUAUUUUUAUCAUCACCCCACUCUAAACUCUCUAAGUGUCACUCUGUCUAUUUCCUCCACUCUAUUUCGAUUUGCUUUCAUUUCUUAUUAUGAUAUCAGACAAGUGUCGUGUGAAAGAAAUAUCAUGAAAUCCAUGAUCAAUUAUCCUGAUUUUGUUCUAGGUUGAACAUGCUUUAUAUAAUGUUCAAAAUGUUUAAGUGGUAUCAAUGUAUUUUACGCAACAAGGAUAUUCUCCUGUAAUUUAUGAUAAUGAUUUUUUUCGACCAGGGAACUAUGUUUUUAGUAAUUCAUUUACAGAUUUACAGAAAAGAUAUUACAAAGAUGAAUCCAUAAGGAUAUGUUCUUUCAUGAUUGUUUGUUCUUUAUUAAUAUUUGGUUGUGUAAUUCACAAUUCUGCACAUGAAAAUCAGUUUUGGUUGUUGUUGUACUACAUUGAGAGGAUCCAAUUUUACAUUGUUUUUACUAUGAGCCCCGUCCAAGAUCAAUAUUUGAUAUGAUUGUGUGUACAUAAAAAACGAUGAAAAAUAUAUUAAUUUGAUAAUUUAAAUAUUCUCUCGCAUUUAAGAAAAGUAUAUUUUGUACGCUGUUAGUUUUUCUGAAAUUAAAGAA